GGUUCCUCCUUUUCCGCGAAUCUGAAAAUGGCCGCCACCAGGUACCGUCGCUUUCUUAAGUUAUGUGAGGUAUGGCCAAGAGACGAAUCGAAAAAAGGUCGAGAUUUGGGGACGUUUUUACGGCAGAAGGUGGCCAGUGCAUUCAGAGAGGGCGAGAACACUCAGAUCUCUGACCCAGAAAAAUGUGAUCAAAUGUAUGAAAGUUUAGUUCGCAUUAACAGCAACAUGUACAAAGAGAAGUUUCCACGAGCUAAAGACACAAGUUUUACUGGUGUGACUGUUGAAGAGUGUCGGAUGUUAUUAGGAACUGGAAAUAUGCAACAGACGGACGAGGAUAAGAAAGGAUUAUGGAAAACUUUAAUGCAGAGGUUCUCCUCUAAGCCAGAAGAAGCAUCUGUGGAAAAGACGGAAAAGUAGACAUUUUGCACUAUAAUCUAGACCCUAGACUCUUCAUACUUCAGUUAUAUUAAUAUAUUUGUGUUGCACAUUUCAUUACUAUUUGCUGUAUCUGAAUACAAAUGACAAAUCAUAUUUUAUGCCCAUAACUUGUAAACAAUUAAAGAGGCAUUGUAUUCAAUAUUA